UUCUGUCUCAACAACAGAUAGCUUUCUCCUAAGAGAAGAUUCUGAGGAUGAAUACACUCAUGGAUGCCAUGCAUGGCUUUGGGGUGAGCACCACCCAGUAUCUGCAGACCCACUAUAGCGAUGCCCAGGGCUGGUUCCUCUUCAUCUCUUUUGCUGCAGACCUGCGCAACACUUUCUUUGUAUUCUUCCCCAUCUGGUUCCAUCUGAGGGAAUCUGUAGGCAUCAAGCUCAUCUGGGUGGCAGUGGUAGGAGACUGGCUCAACUUGGUCUUCAAAUGGAUCCUGUUUGGAGAGCGUCCAUACUGGUGGGUCCACGAGACACCCUACUAUGGCAACAUGUCUGUGCCACACAUUGAGCAGUUUCCCAUGACCUGUGAGACGGGGCCAGGUAGCCCAUCUGGUCAUGCUAUGGGUGCUGCUGGCGUCUACUAUGCCAUGGUCACAUCUAUCCUCACCAUCAUGCUGAGCAAAAAGAAGACCUCAUCCUCCAGGGCCCUGUUCUUACGAGGUUCCCUCUGGGCACUCUUCUGGACAGUGCAGAUCUGCGUGUGUCUCUCAAGGGUCUUCAUCGCUGCUCACUUCCCUCAUCAAGUCAUAGCUGGUGUUAUAACAGGAAUGAUUGUGGCUGAAAUCUUCAACAGACAGCAGUGGAUCUACCAUGCCAAUUUACAGAACUACUUCAACAUCACUCUGUUGCUCCUGUCCUUCGCUGUGGGCUUCUACGUGCUCCUGAAGGCUGUAGGUGUGGAUCUGCUCUGGACCCUUGAGAAAGCCCAGAAAUGGUGCAUCAACCCAGCUUGGGUUCACAUGGACACUACGCCCUUUGCCAGCCUGCUGCGCAACAUGGGCACGCUGUUUGGUCUGGGCCUGGGGCUGCACUCCCCUCUCUACACUGAGAACAAGCAGAGCAGCAGCACCCCCUUCAGGAUUGGCUCCAUUAUCAGUUCUCUUCUUCUGCUACACCUCUUUGACUCCAUCAAGCCGCCAACCCACAUGGCUGCGCUCUUCUACCUGCUCUCGUUCUGCAAGAGUGCUACUGUCCCCUUGGCCACUGUCAGCAUCAUUCCAUACUGUGUGUCUGGAGCCCUGAGCUUACCAAACAAGAAACAGCUCUAAGAUCAGGAAAAAACUUUAGAAGAACA